CUGAGAGAGUGCUGCCUGUGUGUGUCUGUAUGCAGGGUGCGGCUCUAUAGUGCGACACUGUGCCCCCCAACACAGCACCCUAGUGACCCCCUCUAAUACUCAAAGACUCAGGGGGGGCAUCCAAGGAUCCAAGCACUUAGAAUCCUCCAUCUCCAGACCCCUUCUUAUCCCCUCCCAGCCCUGAGCCCCCCACCACACUCCACACUUUUCAUCUCCUCCCCCCUUAGCACUUUUAAUCCCCCCCUUUUUAAGAUUUUUUUUUUUUUUUAUUCUUUAAUUUGCUCCUCCUCCUCCAGGAAAAGAGAAAAGAGAACAGAAUAAACCUGCAUGAGCAAGAGGGAAACUUCAUCUGCUAUUUCAUCUGGAACUUCUACAUUUCGUUUGUGUUGGGUGAUUUUUUUUGGAGCUGGAAAUUUAUCUGGAUUUAUAUUUCUGGGGAAACAGUUCUGAGGAGGAUUUUAAAGGCAAAGUAGAAACUUCUAUUGGAUUGUGUCUUUUUUAUUUAAAGUUUUAAAAGGCGAAACAGAAAGGAAGAAGAGAUCAAGUCAGAACAGGACAAGGUGUCUUCUUGCUUAGUAUCUGCUUGACAACAAAUGUCUAGAUUUCAGAAGAUACUUUCUGUUAUACUGUGAACUGAAAAAAAGAAGGCAGGAAGGGCCGUGUUAUCGGAAUGUUGGCUUUGCAAGCUCAGGGAGGAAACAGCAGGGAGCAAAAAACAGAGAGUGCCUGAAAAUGACUGCAAAGAGGAACCUGUUUGUGCGGCUGGUGCCGUGCCGGUGUUUGCGGGGAGAGGAAGAAACUGUGACCUCACUUGACUAUUCUCACUGCAGCCUGGAACAGGUGCCGAAAGAGAUUUUCACAUUUGAGAAAACCUUGGAGGAACUUUAUUUGGAUGCCAACCAGAUUGAAGAGCUUCCCAAGCAACUAUUCAACUGCCAGUCUCUGCACAAGCUGAGUUUGCCAGACAAUGACCUAACAAUAUUGCCAGCAUCUAUAGCAAAUCUCAUUAAUCUCAGGGAACUAGAUGUCAGCAAGAAUGGUAUACAGGAGUUUCCAGAAAAUAUUAAGAAUUGUAAAGUUUUGACAAUCGUCGAAGCAAGCGUCAAUCCAAUUUCCAAGCUCCCAGAUGGAUUUUCACAGCUGUUAAACUUGACUCAGUUAUACCUAAAUGAUGCUUUUCUUGAUUUCUUGCCAGCUAAUUUUGGCAGGUUAACGAAACUUCAAAUUUUGGAACUUCGGGAGAAUCAGUUAAAAAUGUUACCAAAAACUAUGAAUAGACUUACACAGCUUGAGAGACUGGAUCUCGGAAGUAAUGAAUUCACAGAAGUGCCUGAAGUACUUGAACAAUUGAGUGGGUUAAAGGAAUUCUGGAUGGAUGGCAAUAGACUUACCUAUAUUCCAGGGUUUCUUGGAAGUCUGAAACAACUGAUAUACUUAGAUCUGUCAAAAAACAACAUCGAAAUGGUGGAAGACGGAAUUUCGGGGUGCGAAAGCUUACAAGACCUGCUGCUGUCGAGCAAUGCCAUUCAACAGUUACCAGAAUCUAUUGGUGCCCUGAAAAAAUUGACAACUCUGAAAAUAGAUGAAAACCAGCUCAUGUAUUUACCAGACACCAUAGGGGGGCUGGUUUCCCUUGAAGAGCUGGAUUGCAGUUUCAAUGAGAUUGAAGCUUUACCUUCCUCAAUCGGGCAAUUUUCUCAGAUACGGACGUUUGCUGCUGAUCAUAACUUCUUAAUACAGCUUCCCCCAGAGAUUGGACACUGGAGAAGUGCCACUGUAUUGUUCCUACAUUCUAACAAAUUGGAGUGUCUCCCAGAAGAGAUGGGAGAUAUGCAGAAACUGAAGGUCAUAAAUCUAAGUGACAACAGACUAAAGAAUUUGCCCUUUAGCUUCACAAGACUGCAGCAACUCACAGCAAUGUGGUUGUCAGAUAAUCAGUCCAAGCCGCUCAUCCCACUGCAGAAGGAGACCGAUCCAGACACACAGAAAACCGUCUUAACUAACUAUAUGUUCCCGCAACAGCCAAGGACUGAUGACAUUAUAUUCUCUUCAGACAAUGAGAGCUUUAACCCAUCAUUGUGGGAGGAGCAGAGGAAACAGCGCGCUCAAGUUGCCUUCGAGUGUGAUGAUGACAAGGAUGAACGGGACAUUCCAGCCCGGGAAGGUAAUCUGAAGAGAUAUCCAACACCGUACCCCGAUGAGUUGAAAAACAUGGUGAAAACUGUGCAGACCAUAGUGCACCGAUUAAAAGAUGAAGAAAAGGCUGAGGAAGCCAAUAGAGAAGUGAAGCAAAAUGAAGCCCAGCAACAGCACACGAAAGACACAGGAGUUAAGGUUACAGAACCUGUCCCAGCUAAAAAUGAUGUAGAAGAAAAAGAAAAUAGUAUUGUGGGGAACUGUAUUCAGAAACCUUAUGAGCCAGAACCUCAGAACACAAUAGGAAACUCGCAACCAACUAAUCUCACGAAAAACCUCUGGAAUGCAAAAACUGUUGUCAACCAUGACGAGACACUAGAGGAGUCAGAAGACCUGUCAUAUGAUGAAGAAAUGAAGAUGGCAGAAAUGCGGCCACCGCUCAUAGAGACAUCUAUGAAUCAACCUAAAGUGGUGGCUCUGAGCAACAACAAGAAAGAUGAUAUUAAGGAUGCAGACUCUUUGUCCGAUGAAGUGACCCACAACAGUAAUCAGAACAACAGCAACUGCUCCUCACCAUCCCGUAUGUCUGACUCCGUCUCACUAAACACUGAGAGCAGCCAUGAUACCUCCCUGUGCUCGCCUGAAAAAGAGUCCAGCAUUGCCAUGAGCUUGAAAUUAAGACACGAAGAUGAAAACUUAAACAAUAUUUUACAUAAUGGGAGCAAGUUAAAUACUGUCGAUGAGAGAGCGAUAUCUGACAUACCCUCACCAAACAGCGAAGAGGAUUUAGUUCAAGAGAAAAGAAUGAACAAUACCAGUGAGAUGGCACAAAAUCUGAACCAGAUAAACAUCAAUAAUAACCUUACAACAGAUGAUGGCCUGUACUCUGAUACCCUGGAUCGGCCAUUGAUAUCACAGGAAGUCCUUUCGGGGAAGGGAUUUACAAACAAUAAACGGGAGAUGGAAGUUUUGGAGAACAGAAAAACAUACCCAGAUCUGUGUACAAUCAACAAAGUGAAUGGACAUUCCCAAGACGAACAGAUGUCCCCAGAUAUGAGUGACCCGGUGAGAAGUGCAUCAGAGGAUUCAGUGCCUUCAUUCGAAAUGUGUGUUUCAAAAAGUACCGACGAUUUGUCUCCUCAGCUUGGAGAUUCUAUGAAUUCUGUUGUAAAAUCCCAUAGUGUAACCAACAUUGAGGCUGGUGGACUGAGGAUCUAUGAUAUCCUUAGUGACACUGGCUCUCCACAGCCCACAUAUGUUGGUAAAUCUGCAGCAAUGGGAGCUGACGGACAAAAUAUUGUUAGAAGCAAAUCGGCCACUCUUCUAUAUGAUCAACCUUUGCAGGUUUUCCCUAGCUCCUCUUCUUCUUCAGAUCUGCUAUCUUCUGGAAAAAAAACUGUUUUCAAAUUUGAUUCCAACCACAACCCAGAGGGGGCAUACACCAUGAGAGCCCCUGCAGCAUCUCAGAUGGCUGCUGUGCCUCAGUAUAAUGUUCAGUAUAGUGCAAACAGUGCUUCAGCCAAGGACAAUCUGUGGUCUCCAAAACAGAGCAUUCCUAUGGACCAAGGAAGCUUACCACCUCCACGUUACCAUAUAUCAGAAAGCAAUGAUAGUCCCAACUAUGCCAAACACCCUGCCAACCUGAACUUCUCUAAUCAUAAUAAUGUGAGGUCAAGUAAUAUGUACAGUGUGCCUCAGAGAAUGGGACCGAGGCACAUGGAAGCAUGGGCCAUGUCCCCAAAUGACAGAGUCCCUCAAGGCGCUAGUCGCAACACUCUUCAAAGACAAGGCAGUGUCUCCUCCAAUGCUUCUAUGACUAUAGGUGAUCCAGGACCCAUCAGAAGGGUUGUGGUACCAGAAGGGGACUAUAUGACAUACAGAGAAUUACAUUCAAUGACAAGACCAUCACAUAUGGUGGCAGGUCCACAAAGACCUAUGUCAGCUAGGACAUACAGUAUUGAUGGCCCUAAUGUACCAAGACCCCAAAGUGCAAGACCUUCUGUUAAUGAUAUUCCCGAGAGAACAAUGUCUGUCAGUGAUUUUAACUACUCUCGGACUAGUCCUUCCAAAAAGCCAAAUGCUAGGGUUAAUUCUGAACAUUCUUUACUGGACCCACAAGGCCGGGGUAAAGUCCCUCACGAUUGGCGGGAACAGGUCUUACGGCACAUAGAAGCAAAAAAACUUGAAAAGAGCAUGCUGUCACGGUCCUUUAAUUCCACUUACACUGCAGCUAGCGGUUCUCUGUAUGGCAGCUCUAGAGAUCUGCAUGGCAGCCAGGGCAGUGUUGCCAUGAGUGUAGCUGACAGAAGAGGUUCUGGUGUUCACAUACUUCGUCACCCGACAGCUGGGAGCACCGGGGAACCCACCCAAGAUGAUGUGUUUGGACCUGGACAGCAAAACUACGCAACACUGGUCUCCAAGGAUAGUGCCUCUGAUAGUGGAAAGAAGAUGCUUUUGAGCAAUGGCCAGAUGAGCCAGCCAUCGAGGUCACAGAACAACUACAGCCAGCUCCUUCCUCACCAUCCCCAGCCAGCUGUGGUCAGGGUACGGCUGCUGAAGGAUCCUGAGCUUGGUUUCAGUAUAUCAGGAGGUGUUGGUGGUAGAGGAAACCCUUUCAGACCUGGUGAUGAUGGAAUAUUUGUGACACGAGUACAGCCUGAAGGACCAGCAUCCAAAUUAUUACAGCCUGGGGACAAAAUUCUACAGGCAAAUGGAUACAGUUUCCUAAACAUUGACCAUGGACAAGCGGUGUUGCUUCUCAAGAAGUUUCAGAGUGCAGUCGAGCUGAUUGUUUUACGGGACGGAGCUGUGUAAAGAAACACAAAAAUGGACGGAAAAGCCAGCAAUGUGUCAAGAGACUCAUUAGUAUCAAAAAACUAUUUUUCUAUGUACAUACAUAAAAGCAACAUAGAGUGAUAAAAAAAAAACAAAUCUGAACAUGCACUUGGAUUUUGAUAAAAAGAUAAACAAUUUAUACAGAGCUGAAAUGUCGAAUACGUGGGUUGUAAACCACUGUGGAUAAGACAGCCGGGGUCAAAUGCCUUGUCGUCUGGGUGUUUGAAUGUUUGCUGAAAGUGGCGCUUACAAGAACAAACCUGUGCUGUUUUUGUACAGAAUGUAGGUUUAUUUUUGGAUAACGUGUAUUACUAAAAUCUGUACGAUAGAAAAAAAAAAGAGCCUCAACUGUAGCGAUGAGCAGGUGAGUGUCAGAGCGUUCUCUUCUGUAUGUGUAAGCCUUUCUCUCUUCACACCUGGUAUCACACUUUGUUUUUUUUAUACAUUUUUCUGAAUCAAAAACCACUUGUGUAGAGUCAGGCAGGUUGAUGUUGACGUUGGCUUUGCUAUGUGUAAAUGGUUUAGCAAAUGGUGUAGCAAAGUGGCGCGUGUGGUUAGCCAGGUAAUGGAGCCACCUGUCCUAUCGGAUUUCAUUGAACAUGCAGGAAAUAAGUGCUCUUUUCUUUAAUCAUGGGGAUCUCAAUGCCGAAAGCAAUUUAUUUUCUUUUUUUUAAAGACAAGGACAGCAUACAUUUUUCUAAUAACCGUGAUAUCAACUGUUUGAUAUUUUUUUUAAGUGUUUUUUUUUUUUUUCUUUUUUGGGAGGUAAUUUUUAUUAUGUGCAAUUUACAUUUUUUUAUUGUAAUGACAAACAUAUGGGAAAGUGUGUUUACAUGUUUUGGAAAUUUGACACCUGUUCACAUGCAAUAUAAAAGAUGUUGCCAAGGCUGACAUUAGCCUUGGUCGUUCUAGACAAGAUGAUAGCUCAGCCUAGACCGGCAGCAUCUCUUCAUGGUGCCUACAAUUUUCAUCCAUUUUUUUUUUUUUUUUUUUCAGUACUCUGGACUGUCCCAAAUAGGCUGUGUGCUAGGCGGACCAGGUUUAUUAGUUAACCUUUGCUACUGGUCCAUGUUUUUUCCACGGAGGAAAACCUGGUUCUGCCCAUGAACUAUAGGCCACAGCUUCAAUUUGUUUUGUAGAGACGGUGUGACAUUACACCUGCAUUUCUUCACUUUUUACAUGGGACAGAAUGGCCUCUUACUUGCUAAAUGUGGUAGUGUUUGGUGCUAGGUAACCAAAGCAAGUGCAUGGAAAUGCAGCAGAAUCAUGAAGCAUUUUUGGCAGUAGCUACAGUCUUCAAGGGGUCCCAUGGACCCAUCGUCAGUUUGUAAAGUCAGAGAUUUAAAAAAAGGGCUCUUUCUACAGGGAACACUGAAAUGUGAAUUACAUGUGCUAGAGUCAUUAAAGGGUUUCUAACGCUAUACUGUGUAGUGAUUUACCACAAGCUGCCUUUGUUCCUUAGUCCUGUAAAUAUUUCCAAUGGCAUUUAAUUUUUUCCACAAAAAAACAUUGGUUGAUUACUUGUAGCUAUUUUUUCAUUAACGGUUCUGGUGUAAAUAGGUGGGGACUGCAGCGCUUCAGUACAUGUAGCUAUUAAAGACCAGGGAUAAGUGCCAUAGAUGACCAAUUACUGUUUAUUUUAGGGCUAAUUAUAAUAUUUGUUUUAACGAGAUCCAUAUUAUGACACUUGUUUUAUUAACUUACAAAUUUAUAUUUAUGAUGGGCCAGUAACACCGCCCCUGGGGUCCCUGUCCAAUGUCUGUACUUUUUUAAAUACAUGCAUAUAAUUUAUUUUUUACUCCAUAUUAGAUACAUUUGGACUGAUUUUAGAUCGGGAGUCUCAUGUAUAAGAAAAACUAGCAGAGUCAAAAAAUUAGGGGCAUCUUGUUACUAGCAGAACUGUGGGUACGGAACCUGUUUGGCAGCUCAUGUUGUCCUUAAAGGGGUAAUCUGCUGCUCAGCAUUUGGAGCAAACUGUUCCAAACGCUGGAGCCGACGCCGGGAGCUCAUGCCGUCAUAGCCCCGCCCCCUCAUGAUGUCACUCCCCGCC